AUGGGUGGUGAAGCACCUGCCAAAUCCCUUUGGGAAUAUGGUAUACCGGACACAACCACCGGUUCACCUAAUGAUUGCCCUGUAAGUCAUAUUGAUAGCUUUUUGGAGAAGUGCGAUACAAUGAAAAUCAACAAUGUAAAUGACGAUGCUAUUAGACUUCGCCUUUUCCCUUUCUCUCUUCGGGAUAAGGCUAAGGAGUGGUUGAGAGAUGAAGUGAAGUUUUUGGGCCAAGAGAAAACUGCUAGGUUAAGAAAUGAGCUAACCACCUUUCGUCAAGCUGAUGAUGAGUCGUUGUAUGAAUCUUGGAGAAGAUUUAAACGUUUACAAAGGCAGUGUCCUCAUCAUGGGAUCCAGGAGUGGUUUUUGAUCCAGACUUUCUACAAUGGGCUGACACAUGAAUACCGAAUCUACAUUGAUGCUGCAUCAGGGGGUUCUAUCACGGAAAAGAAUCCAACUGAAGCUAAGGCAUUGAUUGAGAAAAUGACAGCCAAUGAUAACUAUCAUCCCAGUAGUCGGAACAUUGUUAGAAAUGGAGGUAAGUAUGAUUUAGAUGCUCUAACUAUGUUGACUAGUACUGUGCAGGCUUUAUCACAUAAGAUCGAUCAAUUUGGAGCUGGAUCUUCAUCAUUGGUUGCCUCGUGUCAGAUUUGUGGGGUGCAAGGACAUACCCCAAUUCACUGUCAGUUAAACACUUCAAGAAACACUUACCACUCUGGUGGAAAUAAUAACUUUCACCCAUUCAACACCAAUUUCACCCAACAAUCUGGUUUUCAACAAGGGUCACCCAUUAGUCCACCGCAAUCUCAAACUUCUAAACUUAACCUUGAUUCUAUUUUGGAGACUCUUGCUACUUCUCAAGUUCAACAAACAGAAUUAAUGACCAAGCAGUUUGAGUUACAAGCCAAGCAGAAUGAGCACUUUGAAAAAUCCAUCCAACAACUCAUUGCUCAAAAUAAGGUGAUAGAAACCCAACUUGUUCAACUUUCACAACAAGUGAGUCAUUUAUCAAAACCUCGAGAUCCACCAAAAAUCCAAAAUGAGCAAUGUAGUGCGAUCUUUCUUAAAGAUGAUGGAGUGAGUGUGGAAAGAAUUGUUGAGAAAGAUGGAGAAGUGCUUGGAAUGAUCAACGAGAAGGGUGUGAUAGAAAAGGUUCCCAUUUAUGUUGCUCCACCCCGGUACGAGGAACCUGUGCCCUUUCCUCAAAGGUUGACUAAGGGUUUGCUCGAUAAGAAUUUUGGGAGAUAUUCUGAGACCCUUAAGAAGGUAUAUGAAACUAUCCCUUUUUCUGACCUUUAG